AUGAAACGACUGACGAACCGCUUGCGGAAUAUAGGAGGCUCAGCAGUUACUACUGUAAUAUGCUGCAGCCCACAGCACCGUAGCUUAGUAUUCCCCGCUUCGACUGCUCUGAUGCUCGCCGAUUCUCGUAUUGCCCGUCCAGGCUCGUUCCCGCACCCGUCACCGUCGAUUCCCUUGCCAUGCGCUGCCAGCAUUCUGACACGUGUCAGAAGUCGAUCUUUAGUGGACCGCCAACGGUUUGGCCUGACAAGUAGCCGCGGCCGCGCUUCGUCCGAGAUUCGCCUAACUGAACGCUACCCGUCGGUUUCGGCGGAAUUAAGUUGUUCGAACCUCAGGAAGAAGAUCAGAUCGCCUGACAGCUCGCUGUUAUUCGUUACUCCUCUCGCUCGGUGUUCCGCCUCCGCCGCACGGAGCUCUUUCUGCGGUUUGAAUCGGUGCAGAGCGGUGACUCAGCUCCUUCGCAACUCGGAGCUUCUAUGUUCUGCCAAUCCACAAAUCCGACGGUCUAGCUUCGUUGCGCGCUUAUUGAGCACUCUCGCCGGUUGGCCUGGUCGUAAACCGUUAUCGAAUCAGCUCUCAGCGGGAAUCUCCGCUUUAGUACCCCCUGGCAUUAUGAGCGAAUUGGGCGAGCCUGAUCGUUCGCCACGUGGCAAGCAAAAGGAGAUGACACGUGUCUACGUGGUGUCAGACAUUCACACGGAUCACGCGGAAAACAUGGAGUGGCUGGAACGUGUGGCGGCGAAACGGCAGCUGUCGGAAGGUUCGGGGAAGGAGUGUGACAUACUCAUUUUGGCAGGCGACGUUACGGACAAUCUCGAGGUCAGGUACUCUCGCGCACGUUCCAGCUGCUGACGUCAGCCUUCCACCACGUCUUCUUCAUUCCUGGGAACCACGAGCUCUGGUGCCGCCAGCACGGCCACCACAGCCAACACGACCAGCACAGCCGCCACAGCCACCACAGCCAACACGAUCACCACAGCCACCACAGCCAACACGACCACCUUGGGCAUCAAGAGGAUGGAGGAAAAGGCUCUGAAACCAUUCCUUCCCCUACCGCGCGCUCCCCUUCCGCACUCUCCCCUGAGCCCUUCACCUCGCUGCACAAGCUGACAAAGGUGCUACAGUGCUGCGAGCGGUGGGGAGUGCACACGAAACCGAUGCGGGUCGGCGGUGUUUGGAUCGUUCCCCUCUGGUCCUGGCACCACCAGAGCUUCGACACCGAACCUGACAUUCCGAACCUCCGACUCCCAUCGCUGCGUAAGGCCUGCAUGGACUACCGAGUGUGCGUCUGGCCGCCUCACCUCACCCCCUCACACUCCCCUCCUCGCUCACCCUCCUCCUCCUCCUCCUCCUCCUCCUCCUCCUCCUCCUCCUCCUCCUCCUCCUCCUCCUCCUCACCGCAAUCCACCGCACCGCACUCCACUGCAGCACAACGCCCCUCACCCUCUCUCUCUUUAGGGGACGGAGGGGACGCCCUGGCAGCUCAUUUUGAUGCCAUGAACGACCGGCCACUGCAGCAGCUGGCAGCUGACCACCCUAGUUUGUUCCCUGCUCUGCUGGGCUCGCUGGCAUCUCCCCCCUGUGUGGCCAACACCACGGCCACUGCCGCUCCCACUGCUGCUGCCAUUGGCACUGUGAGCAUCAACGGCACCCUGCCUCUUGUCACCAGCUCUCUUGCUUCUGCUCCCGUGUCUCUGAGUGCGCGUGAAAGCGGUGGUGCCGUGGGGCGGGAGGACGCUGCAGAGGCGGCUCAGAUCAUCUCCUUCUCGCACUUCCUGCCAAGGAUCGAUCUACUCCCUGAGAAGCGCAUGCUGCUGUACCCAAACCUCGCCAAGAUGGCGGGCUCCCACUGGUUGGAAGCGCGUGUGCGGGCCGUGCAUGGACCACAUGGUGCGCCCACGGCGUGCCAUGUGUUCGGGCACACGCACUUCCACUGGGACUCCAGGGUCGAUGGCAUCAGGUACAUCCAGGCCCCUCUGUGCUACCCCCGGGAGAGAGAGAGGAGACGCCAUGCAGCCAGCAAGAACAGCAAAGAAGGCACUAACAGCAAUGGUAGUGACAGCAAUGGCAGCGUGAAGCAGAGCUCAGAUGACCCCUGGCUGCCGUUUCUGCUGUACGAUUCGUCAACAGGAGGGCUCAAUACGAGUUUGUUGCAGAGCCAUUGGUCCAAUUAUUACCUGUCGCACUCAAGACAGCCUGCUGUGACUGAUCUGGCGCCCUGGGUUGCAGCAAGAUAUGCAGGCAGAAUGCGGGUGGCCGCAAGUGAAACUACAUGAUCACCUUGUUGUACCACAUUGCACGACAGCUGAAACUGAAGGCAGAAUUAUCUUCUGGAGUUGGUGAAUCAGAUACAACCAUACAACUCAUUCUGCUCGGGGGAAUCAAUAAGCUACCGUAUUCAAACUUGGCGAACUUGUCAAAUCAGGACACU